AUUUAAAGGUCUUUGCGGCACUUUCGGCACACAACUCCUGACUGACAAGUAGGACCGUUUUUUUUCUCCUCACUUCUCGAAACUUCCUCCCGAGAAAAUGUCCGAGAACAGCGCUCGCCUGAACCAGUUCAAGAACAAGGGCAAGGAUGCCGGCGAGCUGCGGCGCCGCAGGGUGGAGGUGAACGUGGAGCUGCGCAAGGCCAAGAAAGAUGACCAGAUGUUCAAGAGGAGGAAUGUUACUGCGUUUCCUGACGAGGCGACGUCUCCUCUCCAGGAAAAAAGCCAGAACUCUCAGGUUACCCGGCAGUGGACUGUGGAGGAGAUCCUUGCUGGAGUCAACAGUGGGAACACAGAGACUCAGCUGCAGGCGACACAAGCCGCUCGGAAGCUACUCUCCCGUGAGAGACAUCCUCCCAUUGACCAGAUCAUCAGCGCAGGGCUCAUCCCCAAAUUUGUGGCCUUUCUUGAGCUGUCUCAGUGCCCGCCCAUCCAGUUCGAGGCCUCGUGGGCUCUGACCAACAUCGCGUCCGGCACCUGUGACCAGACGGCAUCUGUGGUGCAGGGCGGCGCUGUGCCGGCCUUCAUCGGCCUCGUCUCCUCCCCCCACCAGCACAUCAGCGAGCAGGCCGUCUGGGCUCUGGGCAACAUCGCUGGUGACGGCUCUGCGCUCAGGGACCUGGUCAUCAAGCAUGGCGCCGUGGCUCCGCUGCUCACCCUGUUGGCCGUCCCGGACCUCUCCAUGCUCAGUCCUGGCUACCUCAGAAACAUCACCUGGACCGUGUCGAAUCUCUGCCGCAACAAAAACCCGUCACCUCCUAUGGCAGCAAUACAGCAGAUUCUGCCUGUUCUGGUCCGGCUGCUCCACCACGAUGACCGGGAGGUUCUGGCUGACGCCUGUUGGGCUGUGUCCUACCUGACUGACGGCUCCAACGACCGCAUCGAGGUGGUGGUGAAGACUGGUCUGGUGCCUCGCCUGGUCAAGCUCCUUGGUUCCGGCGAACUCUCCGUCAUUACCCCGUCCUUACGUGCCAUCGGCAACAUUGUGACCGGCACAGAUGAGCAGACGCAGGCGGUCCUGGAUGCCGGCGCCCUUGCCAUGUUCCCAGCCUUGUUGGGUCACAACAAGGCUAACAUUCAGAAGGAGGCGGCCUGGACUCUGUCCAACAUCACAGCUGGGCGGGAGACCCAGAUCCAGGAGGUCAUCAACGCUGGUCUUGUCCCACACCUCAUCCAUGUUCUGGCUCGGGGUGACUACAAGACUCAGAAAGAGGCUGUUUGGGCAGUUACCAACUUCACCAGUGGCGGCACUGUGGAGCAGGUGGUCUGUCUGGUCCAGUCCAAUGUUCUGGACCCUCUCCUGAACCUGCUGUCCUCCAAAGACAGCAAGACCAUCCUCGUCAUCCUGGAUGCCAUCACCAACAUCUUCCUGGCCGGAGAUAAGAUCGGAGAGUCGGAUAAGCUGAGCCUGAUGAUCGAGGAGUGCGGUGGUCUGGACAGGAUUGAGGCGCUCCAGUCUCACGAGAACGAGCUGGUCUACAAAGCGGCGCUGAACAUCAUUGAGAAGUACUUCUCUGGAGAUGACGGUGAGCAGCAGGAACUGGCCCCUGAGUCCACCUCUGAAUGCUACCAAUUCCAGAUCAGUGACAACCCCAGCACUUACAACUUCUAGAGCCCCCUCUGCUGUCUGUGUUUGUUCUGUUCCUCUUCUGCUGUCGUCUGUGUCCCACUGGUUUUUAAUGUUUCUGUAAUACUGUGAAUAAAGUUU